UUCCAUCUUUCCGUAUCAAAAAUACUUCAUUUAAAUUGUUUAACGUUGAGAAAAUUAUUAAUUGAAAGUUUUGUUUAUCAUAUGAGUCAAAUUUUCAAAUAUGAAUUCACUAUGUUAACAAUUGCAUUACAUUCAACUACUUCUUCAGUAGUACCCUGUAAAUUUAAAAUGUUUCAGUUAUAAACAAUUUUAGUUUACGUUGAAAAACGGAAGUUUAUUUUUUGGUCGUCUUACUAGUUAUUUGAGUAGUGUGAACCAGCGACUCUAAAGUAUGAUGUAAAAGCACGAGGAAGUGUUUUUCAUAAUGUGUGUCUUAUUUUGCCAGUAACUGAUUAAAUUGGAGUUAAUCAAAACAGGAUUGCAUUUUAACCUUGACAGGGUGAAUAUCCUCACGUAAAAUUUAUGUUGUUUUGAUGAACUUGGAAUGCCCACUAAAUUUAAAAUUAGAUUAUCAACUUUAACGUAAUAUCUAAAAGAAUUAAACUGUCAAUGUGAUAUAAAUCAUGAAAUUGUAUUCCUGUUGGCUGAUAUGGUUAUUCAUUGGAUUUGUUGCGGGAGACAAUCAUACAUCUCAAGACCAAAUGAAUGUUUCAAUUGUUGUAACUGAACCAUAUAUUCAUUCUUCAGCAACUAAUUCAAUAGCAUCUAGUUCAUCAUGUUUGAAAAGAUUCAGAUCGGAUGAGCUCAACGUAUUUUUAGUUUUUGCCCGCAUAGUGACUCCAGUUGUUUUUGGACUGAUUCUAAUUAUUGGAUUUGUUGGUAAUCUAUUUGUGAUGAUUGUUGUCCUAGCCAACGCUCAAAUGCGUAAUACAACAAAUAUUUUAAUUUUCUCAUUAGCAGUAGCUGAUAUGGCAUUUAUUGUCAUUUGUGUUCCGUCCGCAGCCAUAGUUUAUGUGGCUGGCAAAUGGCCAUUGGGAUUAUCAUUGUGCCGUAUUUAUUAUUAUUCUUCAUACGUCUCCGUGUAUUGCAGUGUGUACACCUUAGUAUUGAUGAGUUUGGAUCGCUUCGUGGCUGUAGUCUAUCCCAUUCAGUGUAUGCAUAUUCGUACACAGAAGAACACUACUAUUGCAGUAUUAAUUACUUGGACCGUAGUGCUGGUUAUAAACAUACCCUUAUUUAUUGGUGCAAUUUUAGUAAAAGGCCCACCGGAAGGCGGUGAAAGUUCUUGUGUUACGGAAUAUUGUACAUAUUCAUGGUUAGUCAAUUUUGAUGCACAUACGAAUAUCGCAAGAGAUAAUCGACAGGGCGGACAAAUGUUUUUUCUUCUUUUCUUUUUGUUUGGAUACUUGUUCCCAUUUGUUGUAAUCUGCUUGUUAUAUAUAUGUUUAAUUUUGAGACUACGUUACGGUCCAUCUUCAAAAAUGGCACGUUCAGCAGAGGCACAACGUUCAAAGAGACGGGUUACACGCUUAGUUGUAACUGUAGUCAUUGUUUUUGGCAUUAGUUGGUUGCCUAUUCAUGCUAUCUUUUUAAUACAAUAUUAUGCAAAAGACCCAGAAACAGAUUUAUUUAGAAUAAUACAAAUAUUAGGAAAUUGUUUGGCUUACGGAAACAGUAGUAUCAAUCCAAUUCUGUAUGCAUUUUUAUCUGAAAAAUUUCGAGCUGGAUUUUUAAAACUUAUUUGCAGUCGUAAGUCAAAUCCUACAGCGGGAAGACUUCAAGAGAAAUGUUUUGAUAAUGAAACAGCUGCUUGAUAAAACAAAGAGAUGUUAAUUUGUCUUUAGUCUUUUGUUAUCAACUUGUAAAAGAAAUAAAUGACAAUAUUGAAAUAUUAAAUUGUCUAGUAUUAAUUAUUGCAUAAAAUAUGUGUAGUAUGGCACUCAUAAUGAUUUAAAUUAAGGAACAUUUAGAUGUAUGUGUCUUCCUUGAAACUAUGAACUUUCUAUUUUAUGAUCUCUUUGAGGCGAUGAAUUCCUUAUGAUAUUUAUUCAUUUUUUUAUAUUUACUGGUACAGAACAAUCGGAUCUAAUUACCAUUAUUAACAAACCUCACCUUAAACAUUCCCACGUGCACAUGUGACUUUUCACCAGUUAUUUAGAGCAAUAAACAGGAUUCUAUCAAAUAGUUAAAAAUUUGUCUUAUAUUGUAUUUGCAUUUAAACAAUUUAAAAAUAAACUUUCUCUUAUACC